AUCCAACAAGACAUUUUCCAAUCCGCACAUCAUCCUCACCCACAUUCUCUCUCUCCGCCAUGCUCCGUCGUAAUGGGCUCCUCAACCACACUCCCUCCUUCGCCUCUCCUCCACCAUCACCACCACAGCCCUAACCUCAACCUCACCCGCCGCUCCCUCCUCUUCCUCUCCACCACCCUCUCUCUCCCCACCCCUCUCUCCUCCUCCGCCACCACCCCACCACCAGACACCACCAUCACCGACCGCGUCUUCAUGGACUUCAGUAUCUGCCCCUCCUACUUCCUCAACCGAACACUCGGCGACGAGCUAUCUCUCUGCUCCGACGCCACACCGAUCGGCCGCCUCGUUCUCGGCCUCUACGGCAAUCUCGUCCCCAUAACCGUCUCUAAUUUCAAAUCGAUGUGUACUGGCUCAUCUGGGUCGUCCUACAAAGGGACUUUGGUCCAGAAAAUAUUCCCCGGACAGUUCUUCAUGGCCGGAAAACAAGGUCGGAGAGAUAAAGGGGAGGUUAAACCGCCAUUGCAAAUGGUUAGGAACACUGAGACAGUUGAUUCUAAGGCGUUUGUGUUGGAGCAUUCGAGGCCAGGCAUUGUUUCUUUGUGUUUAUCGGAGAAUGAUGAUGAUGAUGAGAUUAAGCUAGACCCAGAUUAUCACAAUGUGGAGUUUUUGGUCACCACUGGGCCUGGACCUUGCCCACAGCUUGAUAGUAAGAACAUUGUCUUUGGGGCUGUGCUUGAAGGGUUGGAUGUUGUGACGAGCAUAGCUUCCAUCCCCACUUACAAACCAUCUGAAAGAAUCCGCCAGUACAAUGAUUUGGCAGAGUUUCUUGGAGAUGGAAGAGCUAAAAAUGCCCGCGCAAUCUGGAACAAGCCCCUUAAGACUGUCUAUAUCAGUGGUUGUGGAGAGCUCAAAGUAGCAAAACCAACCCUUCCUCCUACUCUCCCUUAGUACCAUUAUUCAUUCAUUCAAGCUCCAUGUUUUAUCCACACUACAUUCAUUUGCUACUGUUCUCCUUGAAGACAAUUUUGCUGUAAAAUGUGUACUUCAAAAAGAAAGAGUUAUACAGUUCCAAGUCUUCAAGAUAACUCAUACUCCAUCUAUACAUCUACCUGCAUCUUUUCUUCUUUUCAUUUUUUAUGUCAUUUAUUUAUGUUUAGAUGUUUAUAGGUUACAAUGCAUCAGAAACAUAAUUGAUAUGU